UCUCCUCUUUGUAUUCUUCUCCCACUACUUGUUAUAUUUAAACCCAUCAUCCAAAAUCAUUCAUUUCCCAUCUUCAUCUUCAUCUUUUCUCCCCUGCAAAAAAACCCUAAAUAGUAAAUACCUUUUUCCUCCAUUAAUUCUUGCUCCUUUACCCCCUCUGGUUCCUCUCCCAAACCAUGGAGGAGUGGACCAGAGGACGCACAAUUGGUCGCGGUUCAACCGCCCAAGUCUCCAUCGCCACUUCUAAAUCCGGCCAACUCUUCGCCGUUAAAUCUACCCAUCUCGAUUUCUCCGAUCAAUUAAAGAAAGAAGCUCAAAUUCUAUCAAGAUUAAGCUCUCCUUAUGUGAUCAAUUACAUGGGUUGUCAAGAUUCUGAAGAAAAUGGUAAUCCCAUGUUCAAUUUGUUCAUGGAGUACGUCCCGUCCGGCACGAUCUCCGACGAGAUCAGAAGGGAAAAAGGGUCGCUUGAUGAAUCCAAGAUGAGAUCGUAUUUGAGGGAUUUGUUAAUGGGUAUUGAUUAUCUACAUUCAAACGGAAUUGCUCAUCGUGAUAUCAAGAGCCAGAACGUUCUUGUUGGGAAAUUUGGCGCGAAAAUUUGCGAUUUUGGUUGUGCCGGAGAUUAUUAUUCUCAGUCGACAUUUUCAGGCACGCCGGUUUUCAUGGCGCCGGAAGUUGCACGAGGGGAAGAGCAAUGGUUUCCGGCUGAUAUUUGGGCUGUUGGGUGUUUGAUAAUCGAAAUGGCAACUGGGUCUAAUCCCUGGCCGGAGAUAACUAACCCUGUUUCGGCUCUUUACAGAAUUGGGUUCUCCGGCGAUUUGCCGGAGUUUCCAAGGCGGUUAUCCAACGACGGGAAGGAUUUCUUGAGUAAAUGUUUGGUGAGAGAUUGUAGAGAAAGAUGGACUGCGAAGCAACUUCUUGAACACCCAUUUGUUAAGAUUAAGGUUUCAAUUCCUAACUCCGGCGAAGUUGAGGUAUUCGAGAGAGAAUCGCCUUGCUCUGUUUUGGAUCAAUCGUAUUGGGAUUCUUUGCCGGAAAGUUCAGACAGGGGAUCAUCUGUUUCUCCGGCGAGGAGGAUUCUUCGAUUGAUGAGUUCAAAUGUUUGUAAUUGGAGUGUGGAUGAAAGCUGGGUAUCUGUUAGAACCAAUUGCAUUGAUAUUAACGAAGGAGAAGAAAUUGAAAGAGAUGAAAUGUUGGGUGAAGAUGAUCGGUUUCUUGCCGGCGCCGGCGAUUUGGUAUCGGAAAACUUGAAAAAGAAGUGGGUAGAAUAUAAAAUGUUAAAUAAUAAGGAAGAUUUGGAAUGUGAUUUUAUGUUGUUUGAGGAAUUAUGUGUGGUUGUUGUGAAAUUGAAAUCAAUGCAAGUUUUAUUUGAAUUCAUUAUUGCUUUCUUUCUUUUUUUUAAUCAUUUCCAACUAUAUAACAUUUUUACACUUAUUUGUCCUCUAUUGAUCAUCAUCAUUUUCCUUUUGGAAAUGGGCUUAAUGAUAGCCUAA